AUGGUAGAAACCACUGUAGGUUCGUCUGGCUUGGUGAACAGGGAAGCUCGGAACAGCGUGGGAAGGGAGGUGUUUCUGCCGCCGUGUGACGUAGCGGGAGAAGCUACUGGAGAAGCAGGAAAAGGUGGCUGCGGACAACACAUCUCUAGGGCGAAGAUGUCAAAGGUGCAGGUGUUGAGGGCACUGGUAAAUCAGCGGCUGACUGCAGCUGCGGAGGAGAUCUUCGGAUUGUUUGAAGAAGCCAUCGCGGAAUACGGGGAGGAGAUAGAGCGCCAGCGCAGCCUGCAGGAGGUUCGUGUGGAGCCCGAGAGAAGCGGAGCAGAUGUCUACAGAUUUAUUGUGAGGAAAGAAGAGAUUCCUCCUGAGCAGGAGGACAGGGCCUCCAGGCUGGACCAGAAGGACACAGAAUGUCCACAGAUUAAAGAAGAACAUGAGCAGCUUCAAGCUUUGCUGGAAGUUGGAUUCACAGAGUUUGGUCCUGUUUCUGUGAAAAGUGAAGAAGAUGAUGAGAAAACUCAGUACUCACUGUAUUAUGACAGCCAGAGUGUGGAAGCAGAGGACUGCAUAACAUCAGGUACAAAGGAUAAAACCCCAGAUUCUUCAGAAGCUGAGGCAACAACAAAACAUGAGCAGAGGUCCUCCUGGAAACCUCAGUCAGGUUCAAACCUCCUGAAAAAUAAAGGCCAUGGUUGGAGUGACAGGCCAUUCUGCUGCUCUGCGUGUGGUAAAAGAUUCAGCCAAAACUCAAAUCUAAAGACUCACAUGAGAAUCCACACAGGAGAAAAGCCAUUCAGCUGCUCGUUUUGCAAUAAAAGAUUUGUACAGAAGGUGCAUCUGAGGCAUCACAUGGCUCGUCACACAGGAGAGAAACUGUUUGGCUGCAGCACUUGUGACCAGAGAUUUAAUUGGCUUUAUCAGCUCAAAAACCACCACUGUGUCAACAGAGCAGCAGCUGAACAGAUGGAAAGAGCAGAACCAGCUGAUCCAGAUGGAUAUUUACAAACAGGUACUGAAGAUAAGGCUUCGCAUACUCCUGCAGCUCAGACCGACGUCCUUGUAAAUGAUGUGGGAUUAAAUAAUGACAGGAAGUCAUUUAGUUCCCCUGACUGCAGUAAAACAUUGGCACAAAAGCCUCGCCUGCGGGAACACCUGCAAUGUCAUUCAGAAGAAAAAUCUUUCAGCUGCUCAAUUUGCAACCGUAGCUUUCCCUGGAGAACACAGCUGCAUAGACACAUGGCAACUCAUCCAAAAGAGAAAAGACUGAGCUGCAGUAUUUGUAAUAAGGUGUUUAAUUGGCCUCAUCAGCUCAGAGUCCAUCAGUGCGUCGACGAUAAGUCCUCGCAGCCACAUCACAACCAAAUGAAACUUCAUUUAGACUGCAGCUCUCUCCCACUUCCUGUCAGUAGUGAAGGCCGUCAAGCUAAGAAGCACUUCCCCUGUUCUCAAUGUGGGAAAGUGUUCAGCCUCAAGGACACGCUGCUGCGGCACUUCAGAUGUCACACAGGAGAGAAGCCGUUCAGCUGCACAGUUUGUGGAAAGCAAUUCAGAGAACGGGGAAACAUGGGGCAGCACAUGGUCGUUCACACAGGGGAGAAACGCUUUAGGUGUAGCAUGUGUGAUCAAAGCUUCUGUUGGCGUAAACAGCUUAAGCAGCACAGGUGUGACAGAGGGAGCAGCAGCGAUGACCACCAUACCUCAGAGGUUCAUUGAUACAUGCUGUGACUUUCCAGUGUAAGUCUUGGAUGUCCAAACGCAUCUGUUUGGUUUUAUUCCUCAUACUGUGUGUACACAUAAAGUAUGGUUCUCGUUUAUUGAUCGCAAAUUCUGUGAAUGUGCAUAAACUUGAGCUGCUUUCAAAUUAAUCUAAUGGAUACGCACACACAAGAAUGUGUAAAAGAUACAUUGGUCUACAUUACAAAAUGUGUCAGUCUGACAAUAAAGGCUUAAAAUUUGUUGCAUUUCUGCAUUUGUCUUACAAAUAUCACGUUUACAUAGUGUUACUCGAAACAGUCAAAAAAUCGUAUAGCACAACUGUAACAUGUUCAUGGUUUUGUCCAAGGAUUUUUCUAUUUGUUGUAAGCUGCAGUUAGCUGGAGCUAAGCGUAACGAAAUACACUGUAUAAAUACGACUAGUGGUUGGAAUAAAAACUUAUGUCUAGGCUUAAAUGUUGAGAAAUGUCUUACGGGUUUGCAUCA